CAGGGCUUUUCUCUAGAAAGCGACACCAACCCCUCUCCUCUCCCGCCUCCUCCCUCCGCCUCCUCUAUUGCAGGAGCCUCCUCCUCCUCUAGAGAGAGAGAGGGAGAGAGAGAGGCCGCAGCCGCACAGCCACGCUGCGCGCGUCGCCCACCUCCCCGAUCGAGAGCCGAGCCGGCUAAGGAUCCGUGCGCCAGCGCCGCAAUGGUGGGCUGCUCCAGGGGCUCGCUCCCCACCUGGAUGACCGCCGCCGCCUCGCGGGUCGAUCUCUCCGGCGGCGUCGCGCCGUCGCACCAGGGGUCACCGUCCUCCACCUCGUCCUCCACGCAGGCACCGCCCGCCGCGGGGGCGGACACGGAGCUCGGGAUGGUCGAGCGCGCGCUCUCCGCCGCCGGCGCCGCUUUCAUCUCCGCCGUCAUCGUCAACCCUCUCGACGUCGCCAAGACGAGGUUGCAGGCGCAGGCGGCGGGGGUGCUGUAUCACCACCCGCCCCAGAUGGCGGUGCUCGGGCCGGAUGCGAUCCUGUCAGAGUUCAAAUGUUCUGCAUCAUGCACACGUGGUAUCAUAUUGGGAAGUGAGCCUGUUUGUCCUCCUGAUUGCUUCCAGUACAAGGGAACACUCGAUUUAUUCUUGAAAGUUGUUAGACAGGAGGGAUUCGGUAGAUUAUGGAGAGGCACCAAUGCAGGCUUGGCAUUAGCUGUACCAACUGUCGGAAUUUACUUGCCUUGUUAUGAUAUAUUCCGCAACUGGAUUGAAGAUUUCACAAGAAGUAAUGCUCCUGGUUUGACACCAUAUGCCCCACCAGUAGCAGGAUCAGUUGCACGCUCGUUAGCAUGUAUUGCAUGUUCUCCUAUUGAAUUGGCAAGGACGCGGAUGCAGGCGUAUAAAGAAUUUCGACCUGGAGUAAAGCCUCCUGGGAUGUGGAAAACAUUGGCUGGGGUUCUCUCGCCACUUGCAAGUUCAAGUCAGAAUGUGCAAAAUUACCGUGUUCUGUGGACUGGUGUGGGUGCGCAACUUGCUCGGGAUGUUCCUUUCUCUGCUAUAUGCUGGUCAACUCUUGAGCCGAUUCGAAGAAAACUGCUUGGUCUUGUUGGAGAAGAAGGGAAUGCAGGUAGUGUGUUGGGAGCAAACUUUGCUGCUGGCUUUGUAGCAGGUAGUCUUGCUGCUGGUGCUACAUGCCCUCUAGAUGUUGCAAAGACAAGGAGGCAGAUAGAGAAGGAUACUGAGAAGGCAAUGAGAAUGACUACAAGGCAAACAUUAACUGAGAUAUGGAGCUCUGGAGGCCUGAAAGGUUUGUUCACCGGUGUCAGCCCGCGUGUUGCACGUGCUGGUCCAUCAGUUGGAAUUGUCAUUUCCUUCUACGAGGUUGUCAAGUAUGCUCUUCAUCAAAGGCAGACCUCAUGAUCCAGAUUUGUGAAAACGAUGAAUACCACUUCCUUUUUGUAAAAAACAUGACCCCCUGGUUCCGCCGAAGGGUCAGCCUGGGUACUCUUGAGCUUUGGACGGGCAGGGCGAGGUGUAACUUAGAAGAUCAAAGUGCUCAACAGUCAGCAGGCUUUUUUCAUGGACGCUUUCCAUUUUGGCCGAAGAUACCAUUUCAGUUUUGCCAUGGAGCGGGUUCCAGUUUUUGUCUGGUGGCUUGGAUCAUGUCUUAAGCUUAUUUUUGGACGAAGCUGAAAUUGCUUCAAUAAUACCCUGCACUUGAUUUCUUCUGAACUGCAGAAGAAGAAAUUUUGCAAUGUUUUGGUCUCAAAUGUCGAUGCUUAAUCCUGCCAUGUGAUCUGGUUUUGUUGUCGAUUAGGCUUUAGUUACCUUAAUUUAAUUAAGCCGGGUAUGUUAGGAUCUGAUCACUGGUCAAAAUGGUAUGCUGCUUUCCUAGCUGUA